UUGUCUCUCAGGCUAGGUGGCUUUUUAUCAUGAUCACUGAAUAUCAUGAUGGACUAGGAACAAGCUAAAUUUUACUAUAGUCGUUUAAAUAUUUGCAAAUCGCGAGGUCACAGUUCUAGGCGAGGUAGAUCUUUAGGGGCUCUAUGGGCUCUAUGCUCUAUACAUUGAGCAGUGGUCUUAAGGCCAGUCUAGAUGGGAACCAUAUUUUACUACUUAAUUUGUAUCUCAUUAAAUUGUCAGAUCAAAUCAGAUGGUGCGGGCAAACGCAAAUUUGGCUCGCCGAUUUCGACCGCCUAUUAUGACCGAUAUUACCGAUAAAAUGGAAGUGCGGAAUUACCUAAGCAAGAAUACCAAUUUGUGACGCUAGUAUUCGCGUUUGGGGGAUUUUUUGGCCGUCUGGACAGGUCCCUAGUGAGUAUUAUAUUCUUUGCUCACGUCAGUAAUUCGCUUUCGAUAAAUUGGUUGCGAUAUGUUACCUGGAUAAAUCGUAAAGGUCUGUGGAGCCAUUUAUUGAUUUCGCGGGUGUAUUGAAAAACGCUACGCUUAUAAAUCCCUUAGCAGUAAGUUGCGUCCGACGGAACGUGCUAGCGUGCUAGCUAUGAAUGAGUAUGACGUCACAAUGACGUCACCAAAGAUUGGCAUUUGACAUUUAGAAUCUAGAUUCGCUUUGUUUCCUUUUUGUUUUCUUUUAGUGAUAAUCUUAUUGAAUUAUAAAUAAAGAGUUGAUAAUAUUUUAAAUUUAAUUCGUAGAACGCAAGAUGUAACUAAGGAGCAGUGGAAGUGUUAGUUUUAAGUUGUGUGGACUCUAUACAUAUAUAGCUUCUUCUGGUGCUUCACUUUUGCGUAGGUUUUAUAUUCAAUUCGUGCAAAUGAAGCCUGGUAAAAGUGUGGACGUGCGGGAGGAGAUAGUGGAAGUUCAUUCCGUGGCUCGGUCUCCUUCUCCGAAACACAAAACUAAGUCACGAUCGAGAAGUCGGUCCGGAUCGCGAAAAUUGUCAAACGGGCACUCAGAGACCCCAGAAGUGAUCGAAACUCCUGCUGCCGAUGAACAGACUACAGACAAGUCUAAGCGUGACAGCUGGAUCAAGUCUGAGCAAGAAUCUUUAGAUAUAGAGCUGCCUAUUCAUGAUCAAAUCAAGCAAGGCAUCCUAGGAUUUGUUGAAAAGGAAAUUAAGAAGUCUGAUAAGAAUCCCUCGUUCGUGUUUUAUUCUCAUGAUCCUACUGGCUUGGAUGAGAAGUUCAUGAAGAAUUUAUCCCGGCCAUCAAGUGGUCAUAAAGAAAAGAGGAGCCCGUCAUAUAGAAAGAAGAAGAGGCAUUCAUCAAAGCAUAGAGAUAGAGAUUUGCAGGAUUUUGAAAUACCUGGAUCUAGUCUUAGUGCACUGGAAAAGGUUGAUGACUAUCUUAAGGAAUACAACAAGGAUGAGGUGGUAACUCUAAGUGGUGAACUAGAAAUAGAAGCAAAUGACGUAGAAAACAAUAAUGGGUCUUCAAAGGAGCACAAACCUAGGAAGACUCGGCGGAAAGUGAGGGAUGAGAGACAAGACACCAAUGCCAAUGGAAGUGAUGUCAGCCCUAAGGUGUUUAAAGCUGGCAGUAAAAGUAAAGGCGGAGGCAAACCAGUUCGCCCAACAGACUUAUCAACAAUGUUGGAAUCGCUUGAAUCUAGUAUGCCAUACCAUGACCAGUACAUAGACAACCCCUUCUCCUCACCGUCACCUCUCACAUCACCCAAUGAUGAGAGGCUCAAUCCCUUUGGUUCACGGAGGUCGGAGAAGAUCUACAUGCAGGGUGGAGGGACGUUCAGAGCUGUGUCCAGGGAUAGAAUCUUGGAAUCACAGCAGUCUAGAAAUGAAGAUAAAUAUUUGAGACUGGGCGAUCUGACGCCACUGGACGUGGCGCUGACGGCGCAGAAGGCCUGGCGCAGCUGCGCGUACGCCUGCCACGGCGUGCUCGGCGGCGUGUCGCUCAUGCACCUGCUGCUGAUCAGCUAUUCCGACAGUUUGGAUGCCGGGCAUCUGUCUUUUCACGCGGUCGUCACUAUGCCAUACGUCGCUACAUACUACUUUCUUUGUGUGUUAUGUAUGCUGUCAGUGUUGGAUAGGCUAGACGUUACAAGUUUGGACCUGAGCCGGGGGCUGCAGCCCUACUUUCAGCCCAUCGUGUUGGUGAUACUGUACAUGGCGUGUCUGUUGGUGUGCACGGCGGCGCGCAUGUAUGACGACCUCAUGGUGUACCAGUACGCGCCGAUGGUCGCCAACUAUACCAAUGUUACCACUCCGACCAUCCCAUCGUUCUACCACACGUGGACGCACUUCUCGAUCUGGCGCGCCGUGCUGUCCAUCCUGGGCCUGGUGUACUUCGUCAUCUCCGAGCCGCCGGACCUGGUGCUCGCCAACCUGAACAAGCUGCUGCAGUACAAGCACUCCUUGCAGAGCAUCGGAUGAUGGCCUUGAGUGGGUUUUGGCUUUGGCUUACUUCAUAUUGCUCGGUGAUGUUUAUGAACCAAACUCUGAUACAGCUAUGUGAAACCAGUGAAACCAAAUUCAGUUGCGCUCACAAUUACGACCAAUAUUUGUGUACAUUAUAAAAUAUAAACUAAGCUUUACCCUACCUGGACUGUUCUAGACGAAAUAAUGUAGAAUAGUCUGUUGUUCUACUCCAAUCUUAGCAUUUAACGAGUCAAAUUGCAUUAAUGCAGUUCGGAGUAGUCUGUUUCUAACAUGUUAUCUAAAAUGCUUAACACUAUUGUGUUACCAUUUCAAUUUACUUACAGCGCAAUUCUAGUAGAUAUGUUUUACAUGAUGUAUGUAUCUUGCGGAAAGGUAUCAAAAAUUUCGAAAUUUCUCUGCAAGAAUAUUUCAUAAGGAAUAAAGAAAUAAUAUUAUGAGUAGUUCCCGAAAUUAUCCCAUGUGGGAAUAUCGCACCUUUGGAAGCUUUCUGACAGCACAUCACUAAAUACGAGUAAGUACACGUGACGUGGACGCAACUGAAAUAAGCGGUUGCGCUCACAUUUCCCAUCCUAAUUUAUCAAGGAGGCGCCUAUAUAUGUGUGGUGAUUGUGGGUUAUUAUAUGCUCCGUCUUGUAGUUGAAGUGAUCUGUGGCACAAAAGAACGUAGUACAAAAAUAUCCCACUUACGGUUUAGCUUUCAACCAUCUAUAUACAAGCAAAAUUGUCAUCCCUACUCUUAAUUGAGGGCGCGAAAUCAAAUCGUCUACUUUGUUGGUUGACAAUAAUACUACAUAUGCAUAUAAAGAUGCUAUUAAACUAAAUUGAUGACCACAGGGAGAAAGUUUGGACCAAUGACAUUCGUCUAAUACUUAAACGGAAUUCAAUAUCCACCAAUAGGAUAGGUUCCGAUUUUAUUUCUUGAUUUCAUUCGAUCCGAAUCGGUCUAGUCUAAAGUAAUAUACAGUGUUAACUCUAUAUAGCGACACUCAAGGGAGCGGACGUUUUUUAAUGCUAGAAAUUAAUAAUAAAGUAAAGCAGUUAUAGCCAACAAAUGUCGACGUUGUAGGGAGAGAAUCGUUAUCGAGUGACGUUAUAUCAAAGAGGAUUUGAAAUAGAGGUGUGUUGUUAAAGCCACCUUUGUAGCGACGUUAAUAUACUGCCAUCUUUUGACACAUAAUUAAAACUUUUAGAAUACCAUUUGACUUUGAUCCUUAUUCUUUCACUGAUAUGUGUUAAAUUUAUUAAAUAUCAAAACGUGGUGCCAUCUAAUAGAAGUCCAAAGGUAUAGUUUUAUAUAUCGUUUUGAACGAUGGCGCCAUAACCUUUAGAUAGUGCUUGGUAAGAUGGCGCCACUUUUUGAUAUUUAACAAAUUCAACACAUAUCAGUGAAAAAAUAAGGAUCAAAGCCAAAUGGCAUUAUAAAAGUUUUAAUUAUGUGUCGAAAGAUGGCAGUAAAUUAACGUCGCUACAAAGUUUUCUUUGACAAUACACCUCUAAUUCAAAUUCUCUUUGGUUAUAUGGAGUUUACACUGUAUAUAUCAUGUCAGUUUACACUGUAUAUGGAUGUGUGUUUAUAGUAUAGUGUUUAAGUCUAGUGUUCCAAAUUAAUAUGUAUGAGUCAUUAUGUUACUCGAAAUAAACGAAUUUUAAUUUUAAUAUCAAAAAAGCAAUAUAAAAGGACUGAUAGUGCCGAUUGUUUGCCACGUUUAAUGUUUUUUCUUUUUAAACUAGGUCUGUAUUGCUACUGACUAUCGAUAGGGGUUAUAGAAAAAAAUACAGAAGCGAUGUCAUCGGUACCAAAGUUUUGAUCCCUAUUCAUAACCAACAAAGUGGGCCUUUUGUUUUGUACCAUUACAUAUAUAAUGGAGUAAAAAAUCUAAAGCUCUUCUCACAGUCAAAAGGUACGAAUUGGAGCAAAUUUAUUAACAUUUUUAGUAUUGACUAUUUGGGUUUUUUGUUUGGUAAUAAUGUAAUAAAUAGUUUAUCAAGAAUAUUUUACAAAUUGGGAAGCCUUGAGAGCAGCCGGUCUAUACUAGUUUGUACCUAGUGCUUAGCUGUAAUAAACUUUAAGCAUAAAAUUACUAUAUUACUCAGCAUUUAAUAAGAGAAACAUUUUUAUAUUACCUACCUUUAUAAAAAAUAACAAUAAUACGGCAGCUAAUUAUAAUACUUAAAUUGUAAAGUCUGAUGUAUGCUAGUCUUAGGUUUAUUUUAAUGCUUAGACUAAAACUAUGUUUUCGAUUUCCUCUCAUGUUAGCUCUUUAAAUCCUGGAGAUAUGGCUUGUUAUAAUAAAAACUCUGUAGUAAGCCACAUUUGAGAUGUAUUAAUUUGAUCUAGGUGGCAGCACUGAGCAUGUUAUGCUAGCACAGUCCGCGUCCGAGCUCUGAGGAUUUUUCAGUCGAGGAAACGUGCUUUGUUCUGUUCCGCCGUGGUUCGAAAGUCACACACGCUACUACGGCGGAGAUUCUUUAGAGCUCGUGCACAUACAGACAAUGGCUGAUGUCUGACACAUUCCCGACAACAAGGUUGUUUUGGUUGCAUUUUAAUGUAAAAUAUUCAUUAACAUAUAUCUAAAGACUUACGGGCAAUAAGAAUGGGGCCAGUACAGUCGUGCAGUCUAACGCCACAACGCGAUUGGUUGAUGAGUUUGCAUCACGAAUUCGUGAGUGACACCACUGAACUAGCAUCAUUCUUAGUGCCCGAAAGACUCUUCUUUAGAUAUAUGUCAAUGAAAAUAUUAGUACCUAUGCUUGUUAUAUUAAGCGUUAUCUUAGGAAAUUUGCAUAUGCGUACUGUAAGUGGCGGAUAUCAUUUUCGUAAUAUCAAAAUAUUUUAGGUAUAUUGUUGUUAAAAAUAUCAACCAAAUCUAGUCAGAAGUUGAUCUUUCAUAUUAUAUUAAUUUUAAGUGUGUAUAAGCCCUUGAUAUGACAUAUAUUUUUUUCCCUGGACACUUUUUGGUAUUUUGAAUCUAAGAAGGACAAGGAAAAAAGAAGAAGAAGAAAGGAGGAUAGGUUACUUUUGUCUGUGCCUCUCAAUAGAAAGAGUGCUAAAAAGGAUAGAUGUAUUAUGUAUCUGUGCUAUCCGAAAUAAAGUCUUAAUAAAAAAAAAACUAACUGGGCAUGCGGAUUGGUCCAACAUUGAUGUGUCUCUUAAUAUUAUCAGUGACAUUUAAUUAUAAAGCAUUUAUUAAGAUUGAUGAUGAGAGUGUGUUUGCUAUUCACUGAAAUAUUAUAUUUUCUACACAUACCAAAUACUAAAAGCUACUAUUUAAGUACAGAUAGCCCAGAAAUACAUUGCCAUACCUAUUUUUUUUUGUUGAAUUUUCUUACUUAAGUUUUUACAUAAUGCCAUUAAAAGUUUAAACACAACAUAUUACUUUCAAAAUAGUCUCCUUUGGCUGAAAUAAACAUUGUGCACAGAAAAACCGUCAACGUAUUAUUGGGGCAUUCUGUAUAAUACCUAAGAGAAUUUGAAAUAGAGGUGUAUUGUCAAAGAAAACUUUGUAGCGACGUAAAUUUACUGCCAUCUUUCGGCACAUAAUUAAACUUUUAGAACGUCAUUUGACUUUGAUCAUUAUUCUUUCACUGAUACUGAUCUUACCGAGCACUACCUAAAGGUUAUGGCGCCAUAGCUCGAAACGAUGCUGCUAUAGCUUUGGGCUUUGAUCUAUUAGAUGGCGCCACUUUUUGAUAUUUAACACAUAUUAGUGAAAAAAUAAGGAUCAAAGCCAAAUGGCUUUUUAAAAGUUUUAAUUAUGUGUCGAAAAAUGUCAGUAAAUUGAUGUCGCUACAAAGUUUUCUUUGCCAAUACACCUCUAUUUGAAAAUCUCUUUGAUAAUGCUUACCACAAACUUUAAUAGGUCUAAUAAUAUUUGUUAAAACCUAGACUUUAAAAGUUGCCAUGAGGAAGUUUUCAUAGUUUUUUUUGUGAUAUCACCCAUGGGUGGAUACCGUUUUGCUACAUACAUGUUUUUUGAACUCUUAAGAAUAGAAAACAUUAAAGCCAGAUUAUAUUAUGAAACUGCCAUUUUUUCGCCGUUUCACUACUUAUAUUGACCUCGAGAGUACGGAUAUAGGUUGAAAUAACACUGUCAGGCCAAAAAAUCAAGUCAAUGUGAUUGAAGUUCUAGAUAACAUUGCCAAAUAGUCGUACCUAAUACCAAAGAGAAUUUGAAAUAGAGGUGGAUUGUCAAAGAAAAAAUUGGUAGCCACAGUAAAUUUACUGCCAUUUUUAGACAUAUGAUUAAAACUUUUAGAACGCCAUUUGACUUUGAUCCUCACUAUUUCACUUAUAAUUUGUGUUAAAUUUGAUAAAUAUCAAAAAAGUGGCGCCAUCUUACCGGACAGCGGCUAAAGGUUGUAGCGCCAUCGCUCGGAACGAUACCUUUGGCCUUUGAUCUAUUAGAUGGCGCCACUUUUUGAUAUUUAAAAAUUGAACACACCAGUGAAAGAUAAGGAUCAAAGUCAAAUGGCGUGGCAUGUGUCGAAAGAUGGCAGUAAAUUUACUGUGGCUACAAAGUUUUCUUUGACAAUCCACCUCUAUUUCAAAUUCUCUGCUAAUACCUACAUAUUAUACUCCCAAAUACAUAUUUUCAUACAUUCUUUUCAAGAUUAAUACUUACAGACCUACAUAAUUAUUAUCAAAAUCAUAACAUAACAUUUCCAAAGUCGUUGAAAAAGUAUUUAACUGAGCAAAAUCAGUAAAAAAUACAACUUAAAUAAUAUUAUGUAAUAAUUUUGCGAUUGAAUAACUAGCCAAACGUCUGGAGUUUAAUUAAAUAGGUACCCUAAUAGACUCAAA